AAGUUCGAAUUAGGGUAAUAUGUGUUACACCGUCUCCUUUUAAAUCCUAUAUUGGUCUGGUCCGCUCUCUCCGUUCGAAGCUAUAUUGACACUAAGUUAUUUCUAUCCUUGAAUAGGAAUAUAAAGGAUAACCUGGCCUAAAGUCCUAAACCAGUUUGACAAAUGAACCUAUAACCUGUUCGAGCAUCGUGAGUAAAAUCUAGCUAACUACUAUUUACAAAUAAUGCGCUGGAUCUUAAUGGUGGAAACGACACUAAGAAAUUCUAAUCUAGCCAUUAGCUAACGUAGAAGACGGCACGUAAGGUCCCAAACGUUGUAUUUGAUUUGUGCAUACAGCCCGGUACGAGAUUCGUAAUUGUCACAACAUGGACAACGACGAGCUUUCCGCUAUCGGUAGGAACGUAGAUCUCAAUGAGAUUCCAUCCAUUCCGCAGAAACAAACCGUGACCUUCAUUAAUUACUACCUAUCCCGAUCAGUUCAGUUACUUAAUGAGAUAUCCGCAAGUGCUGAGCGUCGAUUGGAGCGCGCUCUGGAACAACUGCAGCAAUUAGAAGCUGGAGUGUGCCUCCUUGAAGGAAAGUUGAACUCAAUUCCUGGCCUCACCGAUGGCGUCACUCUUGAACCUGAACCUGAAACACCAACCACAUCAAUGGAGGUUAUAACAGAGCAGCCAUUGCCACAAGCCCAACCCGGCGGUUCCACAGAAGUAACAUUCUCAGCAGCAAGUUCCGAAACGGAGCUCGGGCAGAAAUCAGAUCCAACGGACGAGACGCUAAAUGAGUGACCCAAAUGCGCCUGCGCCACCACCGGAUGAGGAAGCUUCUAGCUAACUCUACAAAAGCUUUUAUGUAUGUCAGAUGGGCAUAUUCGGAUUGUUAAAAAUAAAACUGGUUAUAGCAAUUACUGAAUCGAGCAAUUUGUUGUCUUAUGUCU